ACACAAGCCAAGAUGUUCUCUCGCCUCGCGCUCUUCUCCACGUUCUCCCUCGCCCUUCUUGCGGCCGCCACACCCGCGAACGUCGCCGGCAACAACGGCGACAGCGGGUCCGCCACGACCGCGUGCUGCGGCAGCACCGAAUCCGCCUCCUCUGCGGCCGGCACCGCGAUUCUCAGCUCGAUCGGCAUAGACGCCAGCGACAUCACCGGUCUCAUCGGGCUUACCUGCAGCCCCAUUAGUGUCGUCGGUGUCGGCUCCGGCUCUGCCUGCAGCGGCGCCACCGUCUCCUGCUCUAACGGAGUUAUCAAUGGUAUUGGCAUCGGCUGUGCUCCUGUCACCCUCUGA